CACAGGGGUGCCGGGGAGGAUGCAGCGGGCGGUGCCGCGCGCCACUCCCCGAGCCCCGCGUGGGCCAGGGUUUUACCCCAUUUUCCCUGGGCGCCCACUUCUAGCGGCUUCUGCUCUGAAAAGCCUUGGGUGGCCCCCGGCCCUGGCAGUUUCCUUGGUGACGGCACAAUGUGAAACCGCGGGUGGUCAGUGAGCGAGCGCGGACGAGGCACUCGGAAGCUGUGACUGCAUGACAGUCCCCCCAAAACAUUUACUGUCCCACGGGUUCGGUUAUCGGUUAGGACUUGGGGCACGGUGAGCUGGGCUGGUGGUUCUGUUUCUGUCUCUGGGGUUACAGACACGAUGUAGGCUAAGGUGCAUUUAUCUGAGGUCUUGACUCCGGAGGAGAGUCUGCCUCCAAGGUGGCUACUCGCAUGGCAGUCGGCAAGAGGCCUCGGUGUUCACUCUAUGGACUACCCAUGGGGCUACUUGAAUGUCCCCAUGACAUGGUAUAUGGCUUCCCUCAGCAAGAGAGCCGAGAAAGACCAAGGCAGAAGCCACCGUGCUGUUUAUUUCUAGCCUCAGAAGUCACCUCCGAGCACUUCUGUCGUAGUCUGUUGGUCAAGAAGCAAUCCUUAGAUGUGGAUCAACCCAAGGUCGCCCUCCCUGAGGACUCUCCCCAGACCCUGCACCCAGGGUCACUGACUACGCAGCAAUGACGUCAGCUAUCACCAAGAUGUGCUUUGGAGUCUAGUGGAUCAGAUGCAGUUGGCUACUGAAUAUGAGCAAGAUCUAAACUGGCAGAGAAAAGGAAUGGGCAAGACUGAAGACAAAGAGCAGGGGAGAAAGGUGGAGGCCAAAAGCUGAGUUCAAGGCUCAAGUGGAGAGCACAUCGACUUCAAAGGCAGAGAGAAGAAGGUGCUCCCCAGCUUUGGACACUUCCUCUGCUUGAGAUGCGUACAAGGACAGUCCAGGUGCUCUGGAGAUGUUUCCUCCUGUGGAAUCUCUGCAUCUCAGCCUCUCAGACCAUUUACCCUGGAAUCAAGGCAAGGGCUACUCAGCGGGCUCUGGACUAUGGCGUGCAAGUUGGAAUGGAAAUGAUCGAGCAAAUGGUGAAAGAAAAAGACAUCCCAGAUUUAGAAGGUUCUGAAUCCCUUGAAUUUCUGAAGGUUGACUAUGUGAACUACAACUUUUCAAACAUAAAAAUCAGUGUCUUUUCAUUUCCAAAUACAUCGUUAGCCUUUGUGCCUGGCGUGGGGAUCAAGGCGCUGACCAACCACGGUACUGCCAACAUCAGCACAGACUGGGAAGUCAGGUCUCCCCUUUUUCAAGACUCAGGGGGAGCCGAUCUAUUUCUCUCUGGGGUCUACUUCACUGGUAUCGUGAUCUUGGCCAGAAAUGACUUUGGCCACCCAAUCCUGAAGCUCCAAGACUGCUACGCCCAAGUGAGCCAUGCCCACGUCUCCUUUUCUGGGGAGCUCAGCAUCCUGUAUAAUUCCUUUGCUGAUCCCAUGGAAAAACCCAUUUUAAAGAAUUUAAAUGAAAUGCUCUGUCCCAUCAUCACAAAUGAGGUGGAAGCUCUGAAAACCAAUCUCAGCAUGCUGGAAGUUUUAACCAAGAUUGAUGACUAUACUGUGCUGGAUUAUUCCCUAAUCAGUUCUCCAGAAAUUACUGAGAAUCACAUUGACCUGAAUUUGAAGGGCGUUUUCUACCCACUGGAGAACCUCGCAGACCCCCCCUUCUCACCAGCUCCCUUCGAGCUCCCCAAUCGCAGUGACUCCAUGCUCUACUUUGGAAUCUCCGAGUAUUUCCUGAAAUCUGCCUCCUUCGCUCAUUUUGCCGCUGGGGCUUUCAAUGUUACUCUGUCCACCGAGGAGAUUUCUAAGCAUUUGGUUCAGAAUUCUCAAGGUGUUGGCAACCUUCUCUCCAGGAUUGCAGAGAUCUACAUCCUGUCCCAGCCCUUCAUGGUACGGAUCAUGGCAACCGAACCCCCUGUUAUCAACCUACUGCCGGGGAACUUCACCCUGGACAUCCCUGCCUCCAUCAUGUUACUCGCCAAGUUUGAGAACUCCACAGCAGAAACCAUCGUUUCCAUGGAUUUUGUCGCCAGCACCAGCGUUGGCCUGGCUAUUUUGGGACAAAGACUGAUCUGCUCCUUGUCUCUGAACAGGUUCCGCCUGUCCUUGCCAGAGUCCAAUCACAGUAAUGUUGAGGUCUUGAGGUUUGAGAAUAUUCUGUCCUCCAUUCUCCACUUUGGUGUCCUUCCCCUGGCCAACGCAAAAUUGCAGCAAGGAUUUCCUCUGCCCAACCCAUACAAUCUCUCAUUGGUCAAUUCAGAUAUUGAAAUUUUUCAGGGUUUCCUUUUGAUUUCCACGGACCUGCAGUCUGGAACGUCCUCAAAGCAGCAGCCUGGUUUCUAUGGUUGGGAAGGCCUGGACCUGAGCAACUGGCAAUGGAGAGGGAAACCAGCCCCUUGAUUGCCUGUUUGGAAUUCACUCCAGGAAGUAAAUGGGCCUUAAGCCCACAGCUACUGUAAACACAGAGAGGGAAGACAACACACACUAGAAUUUUAACGUCAGGGUGAAUUGUGUGUCUGCUGAAAGUUUUCUUUCUUAUUGAAAGAAAGUUUUCUUUCUUUCUAUAUUGUAGCUCUACCUAGGAUGUAGAAAGAGGCAAGCUGGGUUAAAGAGCUAAACGGGGGUAUAUGUGUGGGUGUCUCUCCAUGGUGUGUGUGUGUGGGGGGGGGUGUUGAAUGUGUAUUCAUAUUUGAACGCGUGAUACAUGUUCUGAUGUUUAUAAGAUUCUGGGGCCAAGAGCUAGACAUAUAUUUCCAACAAGAAGCAUGAGAAAUUCUUUAAGUACAGAUUUGUACCAAUUGUUUUCUGUGAUCCAUUCAGCACUCUCAGGUCUGUAAAUUUUCCCUGUCCCUGCAUUUUAGAUUUUAUUUUAUAUUCACUGUAACUAUCCCCUGUAUUUAAUUAAAUUGUUUUCUAUCAAUGUGAACCUUGUCUUUUUA